AUGUACAUCAGUAAAGCUAUUCGUCCUAAGCAGGAGGAGCCAGACCGCACUCGCAUUAAAGAGGAAGAUGUGGGCAAAGAGGUCCACCACUUCAAUGAACAAAUGGAGCAGAAGUUUCUUUGCACUAAAAAAGAGGAGGAAGAGCCGGAGCGGCCUUGUCAGAAAGAGGACGGAGAGGACUCCUGCGACAUCAAAAAGGAGGAGGAAGAUACCUGCGAGAUGCCAUUGACUGGUGUACUUGUGAAGCGUUUAGAUGAGGCUCAACAUGCGGUGAGCAAAGGGGCGGAGCCUCCAAGCUGCAGCUCAAGUCCACAUAUGACCAGAGAAGGUGAUGGAGACCACUGUGGGGCAUCACGAGCAGCUCCACCAUCAGAUAGUGAUGACGUGUUAAGAAAGAAAAACUUUUCCUGUUCAGAUUCUGGCCAAAAAUUCUCUCAGAGUGGAUCUUUAACAAUGCACACAAGAAUCCACACUGGCGAGAAACCUUUCUCAUGCUCAGUUUGUGGCCAAAAAUUCCUCACGGGGGGGCAUUUAAAUAGGCACACAAGAAUCCACACUGGUGAGAAACCUUUUUCAUGCUCAGUUUGUGGCCAGAAAUUCUCUCAUAGGGUAAGUUUAAAUAGGCACACAAGAAUCCACACUGGUGAGAAACUUUUAUCAUGCUCAGUUUGUGGCCAAAAAUUCUCUCAUAGGGUAAGUUUAAAUAGGCACACAAGAAUCCACACUGGCGAGCAACCUUUUUCAUGCUCAGUUUGUGGCCAAAGGUUCUCUCGGAGGGCCAAUUUAAAUGUGCACACAAGAAUCCACACUGGCGAGAAACCUUUUUCAUGCUCAGUUUGUGGCCAGAAAUUCUCUCAUAGGGUAAGUUUAAAUAGGCACACAAGAAUCCACACUGGCGCGAAACCUUUUUCAUGCUCAGUUUGUGGGCAAAAGUUCUCUCGAAUGGGAAGUUUAAAUAUGCACACAAGAAUCCACACUGGCGAGAAACCUUUUUCAUGCUCAGUUUGUGGCCAAAUAUUCUCUCGGAAGGGACAUUUAACAAUGCACACAAGAAUCCACACUGGCGAGAAACCUUUUUCAUGCUCAGUUUGUGGCCAAAGAUUCUCUCAUAGUGGAUCUUUAACAAUGCACACAAGAAUCCACACUGGCGAGAAACCUUUUUCAUGCUCAGUUUGUGGCCAAAAAUUCUCUGAGAGGGGAAGUUUAAAAAAGCACACAAGAAUCCACACUGGCGAGAAACCUUUUUCAUGCUCAGUUUGUGGCCAAAAGUUCUCUGAGAGGGGAAAUUUAAAAAAGCACACAAGAAUCCACACUGGCGAGAAACCUUUUUCAUGCUCAGUUUGUGGCCAAAAAUUCUCUCAUAGGGUAAGUUUAAAUAGGCACACAAGAAUCCACACUGGUGAGAAACCUUUAUCAAGCUCAAUUUGUGGCCAAAAAUUGUCUCGGAGGGGACAUUUAAACACGCACACAAGAAUCCACACUGGCGAGAAACCUUUUUAAUGCUCAGUUCGGCCAAACAGUCUCUCAGGGUAAGCUUAAUCAGUCUCUAUUAAGAAUUCUGAGUGUUUUGGAGAGAUGAGCAAUGAUCCAUGAAGUUCUCACCUUCUAUUUGAGCAGACUUUAUGAGUUUAUGCACCAAUGAUCGUUCUAUUCUAGUAUGCACCUUUUGAUUGAGAUGCUGAACUCCUUUCCUUUACGACAGUGAGAAGUUCAAUUCAUUUUAGUUUUACCGAUGAAUUUGAAAAUGAAGUUAACCGGCCUCGGGAUGAUAAUAGUUUUGUAUGUUUCAUGAUACUUGAAGUUUAUUUUGGUUUUAGUUGUGUGUUCAUAUUUAGGGCAAGUAGCUUGGUUCUUAUUAGUGUUGGUUCAGGAUUUUGUUUUGUUCAGCUUUUCAUGUUCAUGCCUGGAAAGCGGACUUUAAACCGAUGAUGAUGAUGAUGUGUAUCAAUAAAAUGAUAUAGUGUUGGAUAUCCCCCAUUUUUCUUCAACAGUUUUUUUUGUUACUUUACCUUACUAAUAACAUGUUAAAAUGUACUUGAGAUGUACUAAGACAUUUCAUUAAAGAGUUGUUUACUUCACAGUAUUGACGUCUCAACCUAAUUGUAUUUGUAUGAAAUUAUUUUUAAAUUAUAGGAUCCUAAUUAAGACUAUUAAUCUUCUGUCAUUUGAUGAUGAUGAUAGAACUUUAUUUAUCCCACAGCGGGGAAAUUUACUUGUCACAGCAGCGUACAAGAAUGCAAGAAUACAAGUGCCACAUU